CGAUACAGCCAUUUCUAGUGAUAAAGACAAGAGAGAAGAAGAAAGGGUGGAAGAAAAGAUUUGGUUGCACAGAUAAAAUGGGAAAAGUAUGGCCCAAAGUACGGUGGUUCCUGAGUAUAUCUUGGGUUUGGUACCUCCGAAACGGAGGCUCCCACCUCCACUAUUGACCUCUCGUAAAAAAAAUUUCUCCGUCCCCAAUUCUUGUUGUUUCGUUAUUUCCGAAUCAUAUGAACAAAUAUUCUUGGGGAAUCCCUCUAAGUUCUUCUCUUGUUUAUUGUAUCCGGGUUCAUCGUUUGAAAAGAAACAAAAAGACCCAGAUAAAAAUACAUUUGUUUUAAAAAUAUAUUCUAUAGACCAGAGUUCUUAGAGCUAUAGAAGAACACAAUCUCUGUGUAUGGAAUUGCAAAAGAUGCAAGGAAUCUUAGAAGCGGAGUCGUGCUGAUCUAAUUUUGAGCUCUUCCUUAUCUAACAGAAAUAUUGCAAAUGACUACUUGUAUACCUGCUGGAAGUGGCAACUUGCAUUUUGGUGUGGCACCAUGCAAGGGACAAGGAUGUGGAAGAAUGUCUUGGGUUUCUGGUGUAACAUUCAAGAGAUACAUACGGAAAGAGCUUUCAUGGUCAUGCAGAGUAUCAAGGUUCUCGGAAAUCCAAAGAUGGAAAUUUUCCCUAUCUCCAUUUAAUGAGUAUUGGAAGCCCCUUGGAACUGUUACUUCAUCAUGCUUGAGAGAUGGCUCCACAAAAUAUUUUGAUUUUGCUGUUAUUGGCAGUGGAGUUGCUGGCCUUCGCUAUGCUCUUGAAGUUGCAAAACAUGGAUCUGUUGCUGUUAUUACCAAGGCUGAGCCUCAUGAGUGCAACACUAAUUAUGCUCAAGGGGGUGUUAGUGCCGUGCUUUGCCCUUCAGAUUCUGUGGAGAGUCACAUGCAUGACACGAUUGUAGCAGGGGCUUAUCUAUGUGACGAGGAGACUGUCAGAGUUGUCUGUACAGAAGGAGCUGACAGAGUCAGAGAAUUGAUUGCCAUGGAUGCCUCAUUUGAUCAUGGGGAAGAUGGAAACUUGCAUCUAGCAAGAGAAGGGGGGCACUCUCAUCACCGAAUCGUUCAUGCUGCUGAUAUGACUGGAAGGGAGAUUGAGCGGGCUCUAUUAAAAGCAGUUGUCAAUGACUCAAAUAUUUUUAUGUUCCAACACCAUUUUGCAAUAGAUUUGCUAACUUGUCAGGAUGGCUCAGACACAGUAUGUCUUGGUGUCGACACUUUGAAUACUGAAACACUAGAGGUGAUAAGGUUUAUUUCAAAGGUGAUUUUACUUGCAUCAGGGGGGGCUGGACAUAUCUAUGGAUCAACUACAAAUCCUCUGGUAACCACUGGAGAUGGAAUGGCCAUGGCCCAUCGGGCUCUAGCCGUGAUGUCCAAUAUGGAAUUUGUGCAGUUCCACCCAACUGCUUUAGCUGAUGAAGGCCUUCCCAUCAAACCAAUGAAGUCUCGAGAGAAUGCGUUUCUCAUCACUGAAGCUGUUAGGGGUGAUGGAGGCAUCCUGUACAAUUUAGGAAUGGAAAGGUUCAUGCCCUUGUAUGAUGAGCGAGCCGAACUUGCUCCCAGGGAUGUGGUGGCAAGAAGUAUAGACGACCAGCUUAAAAAGCGUAAUGAGAAGUAUGUGCUCCUCGAUAUAAGUCACAAUCCCACGGACAAAAUUCUCUCCCACUUUCCCAACAUUGCUGCUGAGUGCCUACGGUAUGGUGUGGACUUAACCCACCAACCAAUUCCAGUAGUUCCUGCUGCCCAUUACAUGUGUGGGGGUGUACGUGCUGGGCUCCAGGGGGAGACAAAUGUCAGGGGCUUAUAUGUGGCGGGCGAGGUUGCAUGCACAGGUUUGCAUGGAGCAAACCGACUUGCUAGUAACUCUUUGCUUGAAGCACUAGUUUUUGCAAGAAGGGCUGUCCAGCCCUCAAUUGAUCACAUGAAGAGCUCUAGACAUGAUCUUAGUGCUUCAAAUUGGUGGGCUAGACCAGUUGCUCCUUUGUCACUUGGAAGUGAUGUUAUGGACAAAAUCUUAAUAAUGACAAGGAAAGUAAGGAAAGAAUUGCAAUCAAUCAUGUGGGAGUACGUGGGAAUUGUUCGAUCCACAACGAGGCUAGAAUUUGCAGAGCAAAAGAUUGAUGAGUUGGAGGCAAAUUGGGAGGAUUACUUAUUUAAAAGGGGUUGGGUGCCAACAAUGGUUGGGCUUGAGUCUUGUGAAAUGAGGAACAUUUUCUGUUGUGCAAAACUCGUGGUCAGCAGUGCUCUUGCUAGACACGAAAGCCGUGGACUACACUACACGGUUGAUUUUCCUCAUCUGGUGGAAAGCAAAAGGCUGCCAACAAUUAUUUGGCCCUGUUCAUCCGUGAAGAGUUCCUGGAGUUCACGACAGCUACACAAGCCAGCCCUUAUAGCAAAACAGUAAUGCACCCGUGAUGGCAAUUUAGUUCUUUACCAUUAUAUCUGAAAGUAAAAUGAUGAGGGUAGAUUGGGAGUGUCUUGCAGCAUUUGUUGGCUUCCAAUUUGCUUGUGUAAGUCCAUUUAUAGUGAUAAUAAUUUAUGCUUCUUCCCAUAUCUUCAAAGAUAUGCAGGUCACGUGCUAGUUGGACUUAUAUGCCAUCCAUGCAUGUUUGAGUUUUCAAUGGAUUCAUUUUCUCUUUUGCAGUCUACACAGAGAAGAAGAAGCAUAACAAAUGUGUUCCCUCCCUAAACCCAAGGUGAUAAGUUACCGUUUGUCCAUAGGGCCCGGCAUGGGUUUUUGUCUUCCAAAAUGCUACGCAUUCUCAUCCCCAUUCCUAUCUUAUUGUGUUAAUGUUAAGGCCUCGUUUAGAUAGUGAGAUGAGAUGAGAUAAUUUUAGA